AUCCGCCCGCCGUGCAUGACGGGGCGCGGCGCACGGAAGCGCGGCCGGGAAGCGCUGGCACCGCCCCGGGCCCGCCCCGGGAUCCGCCCCGGGCCCGCCGGAACUGAGCGCGGCUCCGUGCCCGCCGCGCCGGCGGGGCGGCCCCUGGGCGGGGCUGCGGGCCCGGGGGGGCCCGCACCGGGGGCGCGCACCGGGGCCCGCCCCGCCUCACCGGCCCGGCCCGGCCCGGCCCGCCUCAGGCUGGCCGCGCUCCGGGCGGGGCUCGGCGGCGUUCACGGGAGCUCAUUCCCCGCAGCCUGCGGCCUAGGCCGAGGCCUGUUCGCUCGUGGUAGCAUUUUCAUGACUCUAAAAAGAAACUGGGUGAUCACCUGUGUGUCUGUUUAUGUAGCAGCCACCAGCCUAAAGAACAAACACAGAUUUGAUGAAAAGGAGAAUGUAUCAAACUGUAUCCAGCUGAAGACUUCAGUUAUUAAAGGCAUCAAGAAUCAACUGAUAGAUCAAUUUCCUGUUAUUGAACCAUGGCUAAACCAAAUCAUGCCAAAGAAAGAUCCAGUCAAAAUAGUAAGAUGUCAUGAACAUAUAGAAAUCCUCACUGUGAAUGGGGAGUUGCUGUUCUUCAGGCAAAGAGAAGGGAUUUUUUACCCGACACUAAGGUUGCUUCACAAAUACCCAUUUAUUCUCCCGCAUCAGCAGGUUGAUAAAGGCGCCAUUAAAUUUGUCCUGAGUGGAGCUAAUAUAAUGUGCCCUGGCCUGACGUCGCCUGGAGCAAAGCUUUACCCUGCUGCUGUUGACACUGUUGUGGCAAUUAUGGCAGAGGGAAAACAACAUGCAUUAUGUGUCGGAGUAAUGAAGAUGUCAGCUGAGGACAUUGAGAAGGUCAACAAAGGGAUUGGUAUUGAAAAUAUCCACUAUUUAAAUGAUGGCCUUUGGCAUAUGAAGACAUACAAGUGAAACAACAGGAACUGUUACUCCAAAGGAAUGCACUUAGAUUAAAUGUGGACUGCUUUGUAAUUCCUUGUUUUUAAUGUGACUGAAUGUACAAAUUAUUUUGUUCUGUGGCUAUGCUAAAUAAAUCAGUUGAAUGCAAAAGUA